GACUCUCUACUCUGUUCAAUUUUGGAUGGAGUUAGAGCCAGCGGCAAUCAAUGUGUCUCUGUUCGUUCUACAAAAUCUCGUCGAAGUCUACGCAUACAACCCACGUCAGUUCCAUCAUCUGAAGAGAUCGAAUCUAUGCAUCUUCGAUUUUUGCGCCAACCUCCGGAAGAUAUUUCGUUCUGGGAGGUAGUUGAAAGAUUCAAUGCGAACGUUGCAUACAGCGGACUAGUUCAUGCCGUCAGUCAGGACGGUAUUUUUACUGAAAACAAGGAACGACUAAUCAAAGACGCUCUAAUCGUCCUUCUCUCUCGGUGUCCUAGUACUCCUCGUUCUGUGCCUUCUAGCGGUGAUUUUGUCUAUUGGAAAGGUCUCUCAGAUCGUGAAAUUCGUUUACAGUUGGAAGAGGGUAGAUUCCAAGCGAUUCGACGUCUAGUGGCGUCUAAAGCUGGUUUCGAAGCCUUCACUCAAUUGCCUGGUGUCAGAGAAAAUCUUGGCAGAGCGGUGGUGGCUGCGCUAGCACAAAAUGAUGAUGCAUUGACACAUGCGGUAAUUGAUGCUGUGAAUACACUAAUGCAGCCCAUGCACGAGUCACCGGACCUACGGCAGGAACAGCUCAACAAGGCGUCAAUCAUGUCAAGUGCUUCGUUCAUGCGACAGUUAGUAAAUUUGUUCACUCUGCACACCGUGAGUUAUGCUUGUCCAUUUCCUAUAGCCUGA